GGUUUAAUUUUGAAAUUUGGAUCUAUCGAGAUUAAGUUUGUUGGGGCAAUAGACAUUGGAACAACAUCCUCUGUGUAUGCUUAUUGUUCUGCUGCUAAUACUUUGCUUCAGCGAAAUACUGACACAAAUAUAAAGCUUAACAAACUAUGGAACUCAGGCGAUAGAGAUCUAUUGUCUUUUAAAACACCGACAUGCAUUUUGCUAGAUAAAAACUUUGAUGUUGUUUCUAUUGGAUAUGAUGCUCAAAAGAAAUAUAGUGAUCAUAUUUAUGAUAACGAGGCAACAGAUUUCCAUUUUGUUGACAAAUUCAAGAUGGAGCUGUACCAUAACGAGAAUAUAUCGGACAAACUUCAGAUAAAAGAUGUGAAGGGAAAACAAAUUCCUGCAAUUAAGGUUUUCUCCAACAUGAUUUACAAACUUAAAGAACGGAUGGAAAUGGAUAUCAAAAAUGAAUAUACAGGUAGCAGUUUUUCACCGUCGAGUAUUCAGUGGGUUCUCACCAUACCCGCAAAAUGGACAGACCGUGCAGAAACAUUCAUAAGAAAAUGUGCAGAAAAGGCAGGAAUUCGUAGUGACCAGUUGAUGAUUAUCGUAGAAUCGGAAUCAGCAUCAGUAUAUAUUCAUCAUUUACUUAUCUGUAACAAACUUGAUCUACCCUUGAAGGAAUUACCAACAGAGUACCUAGUAAUUGAUUUAGGAGGAGGUACAAACGACAUUACUGCACAUAAGAUUUCUAAACGUGGCAAGUUGAGAGAAUUAUGCAAGCCAUCCGGAAAUGUACAUGGUGGGACGAAAGUCGACAAAUAUCUUUUUUCGUGUUUUGAGAGGAUAGUUGGUGAUGAAGUUGUCCACGCUCUCAAAGAUAAAGGCAGUUAUCUAGAACUACUAGAACAAUUUGAAAGUGUAAAAAAUUUCAUAACAUCAUCAACUGCCAAGAAAGUUGCAUGCAAGAUUCCUUUAAAUCUUCUUAACGAACUUUGUGAAAAAUAUAAUAAAAAAUCCUUCAACGUUUUACUUGAGGCAUCAAAGUACUCACAGAAUAUGUCACUUGCUAAUGACAGAUUGCGAAUAGAUAGACCAUUUAUUGAGAGAUAUAUUUCCGAAGUUGCAUCGGGUAUAAUGAAAGACAUAAAGUAUGUGUUGUUUGAUAAAGCACAAUCAAGAAAUAUAAGUACGUUUUUUGUUGUUGGCGGCUUUUCGAAUUCAAAACUCGUAAGACAAAAACUUUCUGACGAGUUUCCUAAUGUUGCUAUCAUAUAUCCUCCGGACAAUGUUGAACUUGCUGUAGUAAGAGGAGCUGUUAUGUAUGGGAAAAAUCCUAAUUAUAUAAAACCAAGCUCAAACAAGGCACACUUACGUUGAAUAAAUGAGUCUUUAAGUUGCUUAAUAUUUCUUAAAUCUUUGAGGAGAACAAAGCCUUGAUAUUUUUUGACAAAAUGUAACAGAAACUUUGUUGUUCUAGGCCUAAUUACAAAUGUGCCUGGAAUCGAACGAUAGUAAUACAAAUAUAUAUAAAAGAACUAUUUUAUGUUUGGAUGUAAAACAAGCCACAAUCAAUCAAUAUUUCUACUUGCGAUGUGUCUGUUGUAUGUUUUGCUUGAUUGAACGAGAGACCGAUUUAUUAAUUUUUUUUACAGUUGAGAGAAUAUUAGUGUAAUUGUUAAUUUAAAUUGUAAACAUAUUUCUCAACACAAAAGGAACAAAAUGUUUAUAUUUCUGUACCGUGUACACUUCGAAAGCUUGUCUAUAUCAAUAUCCACGAGGUUUGCUACAAAUUUGACAAUGGAUCCAAAAUGUUCUAUUUCUAAAUUAUGAUAUUAUCUAACUUAAAUCAUCAAAAUGUCAACGAGAACUGAAAUAUGUACAACAGCUUUUUGUGUUAAUAGUUUAAUCUAUCUACAUCUGUUCUACAUCAUCUAUAUACAACUAAUCCAAACUGGUAUAUUUAACCAAAGUAUCCAGCAUUGUCUUAGUAUAUGAAGUGACGAAUGACGCCAAAUAGCCUAUAAACAACUCAAAUAUUCAUAAAGAAGGGGUGCAAAUAGUUUCAAGUCACAAUUAUUCACUGACGUUCAGAUAUUGAAAUGUUUAGACAUUUACCGCAAUUUGAUAUGAUCUAGCCACUGAAUUUUAUCAUAUGUAAUAUUCUAGUAGCAGCAAAUUGUCCUAUUGUUUUAAAGAAUUUUAAAAUGAAAAGGUGCCAUCCAGAUAUACCCAUAAAUUGCACAGCGUUUAAUCAGUUGAAAUGAAAGAAAUAAAACGAUAAAUAUCUA